CACCAAUCACCUUCCUUUCUUUCUCUGUCUCCAACGCGAGCCAAUGUACAUAAUGAAUCUAUAUGCUAUCAUUUUCUAUCUCUUCAACUCUCAGACUAUGGCUACACCAUGGAACAUUCAACUCACACCCACUAUCUUCACUGUUUGUGUUUUUCUCAUCUUCUCCUGCGCUUCACCGACAGAAGAAAAACCAGUUGGUUAUGGCUACACCAUCUCAACCGUUAACAAUUAUCCCAUAAUCAACUCUUUGAUUGCAAACCUUAACCUUAUCAAAUCCUCCUCUGUUUUCGGACCCGACAUACCACACCUCUCCCUCUCUGCUAGUUUUGAGAACAAGGAUAGGUUGAGAGUGAGAAUCACUGACUCUAAUCACCAAAGAUGGGAAAUUCCACAGCAUGUCAUUCCCAGAGCUUCUUCUUCUCCGUAUCACCCUCUUCGCUUCCUCAAUAGCAAACAAGGUUUCCAACACUCUCUCACUCUUACACGUCCAGACUCAGACCUUGUUUUCACCCUCCACAACACCACCCCAUUUGGCUUCACUCUGUCGCGCAAAUCCUCCAACGAUGUUCUCUUUAAUGCCGCACCUGACCCUUCCAACCCUCAAACUUUUCUUGUCUUCAAAGACCAGUACUUGCAGCUCUCCUCCUCACUCCCGCUACAAAGAGCCUCUCUUUACGGCCUCGGGGAACACACCAAGAGUUCCUUCAAGCUCCGACCCAACCAGACCCUUACACUGUGGAAUGCAGAUAUUGCAAGCGCCAACCCGGACUUGAACCUUUAUGGCUCUCACCCUUUUUACUUGGACGUGAGAUCACCCUCCCCAGAUGGAACAGUGAAGGCUGGCACCUCACAUGGGGUGUUGCUGCUCAACAGCAAUGGAAUGGAUAUUGUGUAUGGCGGUGAUCGCAUUACUUAUAAGGCCAUUGGUGGGGUUUUUGAUCUCUAUUUCUUUGCUGGAUCCUCCCCAGAGCUGGUGUUGGAACAGUACACCGAACUCAUUGGCAGGCCUGCUCCAAUGCCUUAUUGGUCCUUUGGUUUUCAUCAGUGUCGAUAUGGCUACAAGAAUGUAAGUGAUCUCCAGGGUGUGGUUGCUAACUAUGCAAAAGCAGCUAUACCCCUUGAAGUAAUGUGGACAGAUAUUGAUUAUAUGGAUGCAUAUAAAGAUUUUACAUUUGAUCCCAUCAACUUUCCACUUGAGAAGAUGAGAAGUUUUGUUGACACUCUUCACAAAAAUGGUCAGAAAUACGUACUUAUCCUGGAUCCAGGUAUCAGUGUAAAUGAGACAUAUGAAACCUACGUUAGAGGUUUGAAGGCUGAUAUCUACAUAAAGAGAAAUGGAAGCAACUAUCUUGGUAAAGUUUGGCCUGGAGAAGUUUAUUACCCUGAUUUCCUAAACCCUGGAAGCCAAGCAUUUUGGGGUGGGGAAAUCAAAUUAUUUAGGGAUCAGCUGCCUUUUGAUGGUCUCUGGAUUGACAUGAAUGAGUUAUCUAAUUUCAUUACUUCUCCCUCCAUUCCGUCUUCUAGUCUUGAUAACCCUCCCUAUAAAAUUAACAAUGUUGGAGACCAACGACCCAUUAAUGACAGAACGGUCCCAGCAACAUCUUUGCACUAUGGUAAUGUCACUGAGUACAAUGCCCACAAUUUGUAUGGACUGCUAGAAUCCAAAGUUACUAACAAGGCAUUGGUGGAUAUAACUGGUAAAAGGCCAUUCGUCCUAACUAGAUCAACUUUUGUGAGUUCUGGUAAGUAUGCUGCCCAUUGGACAGGAGAUAAUGCUGCUACAUGGAACGAUUUGGCAUAUUCAAUUCCAUCGAUAUUAAAUUCUGGAAUCUUUGGAAUUCCGAUGGUUGGAGCAGAUAUCUGUGGUUUUGGUGAAAAUACAACUGAAGAACUUUGCCGGCGCUGGAUCCAGUUGGGGGCUUUCUACCCCUUUGCCAGAGAUCAUUCAGAUAAAAACUCCAUCAGACAAGAGCUUUACAUUUGGGAAUCAGUUGCGGCAUCAGCUAGGAAAGUGCUUGGACUUCGUUACCGUCUUCUCCCUUAUUUCUACACACUAAUGUACGAAGCACAUACAAAAGGGAUACCCAUUGCACGGCCUCUUUUCUUUUCAUUCCCUGAGGAUGUCACAACAUAUGAAAUAAGCUCUCAGUUUCUAUUAGGCAAAGGGGUUCUGGUAUCACCUGUACUACAAUCUGGGGCAACCACUGUUGAUGCAUACUUUCCUAAAGGAACCUGGUUUGACCUAUUUAAUGUCUCAAAUUCAGUGAUUGCAGAAUCAGGCAAGUAUGUGACUCUCGAUGCUCCACCUGAUCACAUAAAUGUGCAUGUUGGGGAAGGUAAUGUUUUGGCUUUGCAAGGAGAAGCAUGGACAACUGAUGCUGCCCGGAAAACUGCAUUUGAACUUGUGGUAGUUAUGAGUGGCAGUGGAAAUAGUUAUGGUGAAGUGUAUAUGGAUGAUGGGGAAGCAUUAGACGUAGCAGGGGUGAAAUAUGAGUGGACAUUGGUAAGGUUUUAUGGGGCUAUACAGAACAAUAUCGUUGUUAUUACAUCUAAGGUGACUAAUGGAAGAUUUGCUAUGGACCAAAGGUGGAUCAUAGACAAGGUAACUUUCUUGGGGAUACCCAAGCAUCAGAAAUUCAAUAGAAUGGAUUUGUCAGAGAAAGAGUUGAAUAUUGUGAAUAGAACAAGUUCAUUGACUAAUGCAGUUAUGAAGUCACAUUUUGAUAGCUCCUCUGAGUUUGUUAGUGUACAAAUUUCUAAAUUGUCACUUCUUAUUGGAGAGGAAUUCAAGCUGGAGAUAGAAAUCAAGUAGAAGGGUACCUUUUAAGAUUGCGAAUUCCCACCGAGAAUUUGUGCUUUCUUUGUGGUUGCAUCUCUGAGUCCUUUUUUCUUACCAGUGACAUGGUUACUGUUAAGGAUUUCUAUUUCUCAGGUCACAGCUCCAACAUCCAUAAAAUGUCAAUUUUUGUGUUACAAAUAAAUGUUACAGAAUAGAAAUGAGUAUUAUCUAGUAAUGGUAAUUGCUCACAAUUUAGUUGCAUGCAGGCUAGCAGUGCACUAUUCAUAUGGAUUCACAUGAUUUCCACAAAAGCAUCCUAUAACUUA